ACACGCGCGCCGUUUGUUGUGUUGGUUACGCUUGGAUGUUAAAAGCACAGGGUUCAAAUUUCGAAUAUUUUUGCUAGUUUGUUUACGUUUUGUCAAAUAUUGCCCCGACGGUUUGUUCUUCGCCGGUUUUGUAAUAAAACUUUCAUGACUCUCUUUAAAAGUGCCAGUGAUACAAUUCAAGACAGCCAGGACACUGAAAUAUCAAACAAGAUCCUUGCGUGAUGAACAACACUUCAAUAUUUCACACAAUGAAACUAUUAAAUAAAUUUAAAGAUAUCAGACCAAUAUGUAGGAGAAGAAGGGUCAUGACAGCAACAUUUUCAAAAACAAAACUUUCUAAUGCACCUUGUGUACCUUUUCACACAUCAACAUGUUUGGCUGAAGACAAAAUCUCACUGAACUUUGUGGACAGAAAAGGAGAAACGACUGUUGUGAAAGCAGCACCAUAUGAUACAAUAUUGGACGUUGUAAUAGAUAACGAUUUAGACAUUGAAUCAUUCGGUGUUUGUGAGGGUACUUUAGGUUGUUCAACAUGUCAUGUUGUGCUUGAAGAUAAAACUUUUAAUUUUUUAGAGGAGUCUUGUCCUCCUACAGCAGAAGAAUUCGACAUGCUAGAUCUGGCAUGUGGUUUAACUGAAACAUCAAGACUUGGUUGCCAAGUUGAAAUUACAAAAGAUAUGGAAGGAUGCACAAUAAAAGUUCCGAAAGAGGCUAUUGAUGCUAGAGAUUUUUGACAGUUGUAGUUUAAAAAGAAAUUACUCAAUUGUUUUCGAAAGAAGCAUAAAGAUUUUAUUUUUGAAGCUACUCAAUGCUUUUAUGGUGAUACUUUUGUAUUAAUAUUCAUAUUUCUCGUUUGCCGCAAAUCAUAUUUCUAAUACAAUUGAUGGAGUCCAAUAAUUCAAAGCCUAUAUAGAAUGUUUAUGCCAUAUUAGUAACAGUUCAAUUUAUUGUGCAAUUUUUCUUCUGUUUCUUUCGUCGUGUAAAAUCAAUGCUUAAAAUUGAUUUCAACAUGAAAUAGAAAAUUGAAUUCUACAUUUCCUCUUUUUUUUGCGCGAAUAUAUUCAAUAUUUCAUAUAAUUGAAUAAUCAGUUUUCCAAAACAGGUACAUUAAGGUCAACUGACAUAUUGCUUAUUGGUGAUAUCAUAUCAUGAAGCUUAUUAUUUUUCAACAUGGCUGCUUGAUCUUUUGAUCAUAAAACGGAUUAAGAGGUUUUUGUCCAUGAUUGAUAGCAAAUUGUGUUAUUUUUUAAACUUUGUCGGGUGGUAUUAGGGCGUGUUAUUUCAUUGUAAAAAAUUGUAAUUUGCUGUGGGUAGAACAUUUAUUGACAUAGCCUUUAAAUGGCCAGAAUAACUCGUUUUAUACAAUGGGUGACACUUUUGGUGUAGCAAACUUAAGCUCUGUUUAAUAUUUUAUUUCAUGAUACA